ACGAGAAAACUAACUAUGUUAAAGGAUUAAAAACAUUUAUAUUUUGUAAACAGUAAUUUUUUAAAUAAAAUAUAAAAUUCUUGCACGAUUAUCGUAGUCUAUCUAAACAAUAUAAAAACUUAAAUUUACCUUGAAAAUAAUUGCAAACCUAUAGUCUAUAAAAAAGUAAAGAAUUAAAGAAAAAAAAGUCCAAAUAAUGGCAUAUUCUAUAGAAUAAUUCCGAUAAGGUUUAAUCUAACAAACAAAUAAAUCACAACUUAGAUUUUACCGUAUAUUUGUAUACAUUCUUUUGUGAUUAGAUCUGGAAAUUUAAUUCUGAAAAUUACGUUGGCCUUUUUACCGUACCCAUCUUAACGAAUUUCACCUUUUCAUAUCUCUUUCUCCCAUAAAAAAUAAGACUAGAAUUAAAAUUAAACAAAUAUAGUAAGAGAUGUUGCCGGUGCUGUUAAAAUAUGAUAAAACCAAACCUUUGACUUUGUUAACAACUAUUCCUCCAUCUAUAUAAUUAAAGGCUAACCCACGAGACCAAAACCUUCUCCAAACCAAAAAAGUUUUUAAGUUCUCCUUUCGAGAUUUGAAGAUGAGAUGUUCAUGGCCGACACGCUUCACCUUCUUGAUGGUCCUCACAGUCGUCAUCGCCAUGAUUGCCGUGGCUUAUGGAUAUUCAUCUGUUUCUUCAUCAAACCAUAAGUUUCCUCAUUACAAGUACAAAGCCCCACUUCCUCCAACGACUUAUUCUCCUUACCGUUACUUCUCCCCGCCUCCACCUCCUCCGGUUACAGAUUCAGAUUCUGCAGCUUAUGCUCAAUGAUCGCAGCGUAGUACGUCAAUUCUUGGGGUUUUUCUUCUUCCUCAUAUGUUUGCUAUUCUAUUUUUAUUUAAUUUUGAUUUGAUGUGUAACAAAAUUAAUUAAUGGCUAGUUGUAUAAAGUGGUGAGAAAGGUGUAUGUACGAAAUCGAUUGUUAACUUAUGUGAGAUUGGUAACUAUCAGAAUUACUGCAGCAGUGUCUACUAGUCUAGGUAGAUGCGAAACUAAUGAAGUAAUUAUUUGAUUACAACUUUGUAA